AUGAGAUUAAAAGAUGAAGACGAUGAUAUUGCUACAGUAGAUGAAAUCGAAGAGCUUAAUAUGUUAGAAGAAAAUGAAAGUAACAAUAUUCCAAUCGAGAGUGAAUCAUUAAUAAUUGGUAAUACGAUGAACUUAGAUUCGCCUAAUUUCAUCGUACAACCUAUGGCACUUGAUAGUAUUGUUAUUUCUGAAGUUGUCGAAGACAAUAUUAAAGAGAACCAUGACAAUAGAGAAUUUGAG